UGCGUUACGUACGUAUGUGGGCGAGGCUCCUAGCUCGUAGUCGGCGCGGCGAAUUUCCGGGCCGGCUGGGUCAGGAUAGUUUACGAGAUGGCGGAAGGUCCGUCCUGCAGUGAGCGACCGGAUGUGGAAACCCAGAAGUCCGAGCUCGGCGCCUUGCUGAGGACCACGCUUCAACGAGGGGCGCAUUGGUAUCUUAUUGAUAGCCGAUGGUUCAAGCAAUGGAAGAAGUACGUGGGCUUUGAUAGCUGGGAUAUGUACAAUGUGGGUGAACAUAACCUGUUUCCUGGGCCAAUUGACAACUCUGGACUUUUUUCAGAUCUUAAGAGUCAGACCCUGAAAGAACACUUAAUUGAUGAGCUGGACUAUGUGUUGGUCCCAACAGAGGCCUGGAACAAAUUACUGAAUUGGUAUGGCUGUGUAGAAGGCCAACAGCCUAUUGUCAGGAAAGUUGUGGAGCAUGGCCUUUUUGUCAAGCACUGCAAAGUGGAGGUGUAUUUGCUGGAACUGAAGCUCUGUGAGAACAGUGACCCCACCAAUGUGCUGAGUUGCCAUUUCAGCAAAGCAGACACCAUUGCAACCAUUGAGAAGGAAAUGAGGAAGCUUUUUAACAUCCCUGCGGAGCGUGAAACACGGCUCUGGAAUAAAUACAUGAGCAAUACCUAUGAGCAGUUGAGCAAGCUGGACAACACUAUCCAAGAUGCUGGGCUGUAUCAAGGCCAGGUGCUAGUAAUCGAGCCCCAAAACGAAGAUGGCACAUGGCCCAGGCAAACCCUGCAGUCAAAAUCAAGCACUGUACCUAGCAGAAAUUUUACUACCUCUCCAAAAUCAUCAUCAAGUCCCUAUUCCUCAAUGUCCGCCUCUCCCGUUGCAAAUGGUGAUAGCACUAACACCUCUGGGGUGCACAGUUCCGGUGUCGGCAGGGGUGGAUCUGGCUUCUCUGCUUCGUAUAAUUGUCAGGAGCUGCCAUCUUCUCAUAUCCAGCCUGGGCUCUGUGGACUAGGAAACCUGGGGAAUACCUGCUUCAUGAACUCUGCUUUGCAGUGCCUGAGCAACACUGCACCACUGACUGACUACUUUCUCAAAGAUGAAUAUGAGGCCGAAAUCAACAGAGACAACCCUCUGGGCAUGAAAGGAGAAAUUGCAGAGGCCUAUGCAGAGCUCAUCAAGCAGAUGUGGUCUGGAAGGGACACUCAGGUGGCACCUCGCAUGUUUAAAACCCAAGUGGGACGAUUUGCCCCUCAGUUUUCUGGCUACCAGCAGCAGGACUCUCAGGAGCUGUUAGCCUUUAUUCUAGAUGGAUUGCAUGAAGACCUGAAUCGGGUCAAGAAGAAGCCCUACUUGCUGCCAAAGGAUGCCAAUGGGCGGCCAGAUGCGGUGGUAGCGAAGGAAGCUUGGGAGAAUCACCGGUUGCGGAAUGAUUCUGUGAUAGUGGAUACUUUCCAUGGCCUCUUCAAAUCAACAUUAGUUUGCCCUGAGUGUUCUAAGGUUUCUGUCACGUUUGACCCAUUUUGCUACCUAACGCUCCCGCUGCCCUUGAAGAAGGAUCGCAUGAUGGAGGUCUUCCUGGUUCCCGCUGACCCUCACUGCAGACCUACCCAGUACCGUGUGACUGUGCCACUGAUGGGGGCCGUGUCUGACCUUUGUGAAGCUCUCUCCAGGUUGUCUGGUGUUGCUGCAGAAAACAUGGUGGUCACAGAUGUAUAUAAUCACCGAUUCCACAAAAUUUUCCAAAUGGAUGAAGGUUUAAGCCACAUCAUGCCUCGGGAUGACAUUUUCGUGUACGAGAUCUAUAUUACCUCCACAGAUGGCUCAGAGUGUGUCACGCUUCCAGUCUACUUCAGGGAAAGGAAGUCCAAGGCGGCAGGCACUUCCACUGGGGCAGUGCUAUAUGGGCAGCCACUGCUGGUGUCUAUCCCUAAGCACAAGCUGACCCUGGAGUCUUUGUAUCAGGCUGUUUGUGAUCGCAUCAGCCGCUAUAUAAAGCAACCUUUGCCUGACGAGUUUUGCAGCUCGCCCUUGGAGCCUGGGGCCUGCAAUGGCUCCAGGGGCAGCUGUGAAGGAGAUGACGAAGAAGAAAUGGAUCAUCAGAAUGAAAGCAAAGAGCAGCUUUCAGAGCCUGAAGGCAGUGUGGAGGACAACUUGGGAGGUGAACCUAGUGAGGCCACCCGAAAGAAGAUCAAAGGCCACCCCUGCCCGAAAAGGCUUUUCACUUUCAGUCUUGUGAACUCCUAUGGAACAGCUGACAUAAAUUCACUUGCAACUGAUGGGAAACUACUCAAACUCAACUCUCGAUCCACACUGGCCAUCGACUGGGACAGUGAAACCCGGAGCCUUUACUAUGAUGAGCAGGAAUCUGAGGCCUAUGACAAGCACAUGAGCAUGGUGCAGCCUCAGAAAAAGAAGAAGACCUCGGUGGCUCUGCGAGACUGCAUUGAGCUUUUUACCACCAUGGAGACCCUUGGCGAGCAUGACCCCUGGUACUGUCCCAACUGUAAGAAGCACCAACAGGCCACAAAGAAGUUUGACCUGUGGUCCUUGCCCAAGAUUCUGGUGGUUCACCUCAAACGUUUCUCCUACAACAGAUACUGGAGGGAUAAGCUUGACACAGUCGUGGAAUUCCCAGUCAGAGCUCUGAACAUGUCGGAAUUUGUCUGUGACCCAUCAGCCAGGCCUUACGUGUAUGACCUCAUUGCCGUGUCCAAUCACUAUGGAGCCAUGGGAGUUGGCCACUACACUGCAUAUGCAAAGAACAAAUUCAGUGGGAAAUGGCAUUACUUUGAUGAUAGCAACGUGUCCCUGGCCUCUGAGGACCAGAUAGUGACGAAGGCUGCAUACGUGCUGUUUUACCAGCGUCGGGAUGACAACUUUUCCAAGGAGCCUUCACUCACCGGCUUCCCUACCUCCUAUGAUGGAGGGAUGAGGCCCAGCAGUCUGCAGCAGGGCUCAGGGGACGAUGAGGCUUGCAGCAUGGAUACCAACUAAUGCAACUCAGACCCUGCCACCCCGCAGCACCAUUGCCACUCCCAGGAGAGGGUCAACACAUCUAAAAGCUACAGGAGGAAAUUUCCUUUAUGAGAAGAGAAGGCCCCAUUUGCUCAGAGGUUUAUGUUAAGGCUGAAUGUUCUUUAUAAGCAGAUGGUGAGAGGAGCCUUUGGAUCUGCACCCUGGAGUGUGGGGCACAGUGGAGUGUGUCUGCCAGAGCCUGGGCAUGGGGAGAACACUGAUGCACGCGGAGUCUGGUGCUGGCUCAGAAUAGGACGUGUGGUUCUGGUGCUGAUCCUGGUCACCUUACUAGUCAGGCCAUAGUAAAUCAAGCCUCAAGUAAAGUUGAUGUUGUCCCCUUGUCCUUUGCUGUUCAUUUAUAUGGGUUUAUAAUUUUAUAAAAAUUAGCUACUGAAGCCCUUUCUGUUUCUGCAUUCAGUCCUCAAUUUUCUGCCUCCCCCUUCCUAAUGAACUGAAAUCACUUAGUGUUGGGGUGCACUGCCUGAGACCUCUGUGGAAACUGGCAGUGCUGGGCUGGGGAUUUAGCUCAGCGGUUUGGUGGCCUGCCUUGCAAGUG